CACACACAGAUUCACACUGAUUCUCUCGCUCUCUCUCUCUCUCUCCCUCUCCCUCUUGGAAAAAACAAAAAACCUUUCUAUUUCUAUUUCUGCUAAUGUACGCUUCCCGAGUUGAGUGACUGACAGUGCCUUAUCCUGCGCACCCUGAGAUGUCUCCGGCGACAUCAAGAGUGAUAAUAAGAAUCUCACGGUACAGGAGGGCCCACUGACUAGGGUGAUAUUUUUGAUUUUUUGAUCAGACGGUGGGGAUUGGUUGGUUUAAUCAGAGGAAGGAAGAAGAAAUGGACGGCCAGAAAAGCCAGCAGGCGAAGCUCACGAGGACACAGUCCUCACUCCUUCGUUCAUCACCCACCAUCCGAUCAUCCAUUCACAGCCUCUCCUCCAUCACCGAGGGUGACGCUAUCACACCCCAUCACCACCAGCACCAGCACCAGCACCAGCACGACGAAGACGAUGAUGAUGAAGAAGAGAAGCUGUUGAAGACGAAGACAAAGACGAAGACGAAGAAGAAACCGAUAAAACCCGGUUCGAGCUCAUCUCCUCGACCCGGUUCGAACCCGGUUCUCGCCAUAACCUCGCUCUCAUUCUUCACCAUCUUCUCCUUCUCUUCCCUCUUCUACUACUACUUCUUCUACCUUAGAAACGAAGAAAUACCCACCUCGGAAAACCUCCUCUUCGCCCUUAUCUUCAUCGCGGUUACGCUUUUCUUCGCGUCCAAACACAAGGGUCUGAUCCACCAAAUCGUAAUUGUACUGAAACACUCGUGGGACGAGAACGCAAAACGACUUGGGUUUUCGAGAACAAGCUCGAGACCGGUCCAAUGGUUCAUCGGUGGGGACCACCACCAAAAUAGCAUGGAAAAAACUCAGAGAAUCAACAGCAGCAAUAAGAAGAUUACAAGGGAAGGCGUGGAGUUUUAUAGCAAUGGGGAUUUCUAUGAGGGCGAGUUUCACAAAGGGAGGUGUAAUGGGAGUGGGGUUUAUAACUAUUUUGUGAAUGGAAGAUAUGAAGGGGAUUGGAUUGAUGGGAGGUAUGAUGGGUAUGGAAUAGAGAGCUGGGCUAGAGGGAGUAGAUAUAAGGGUCAGUAUAGACAAGGUUUGAGACAUGGGUUUGGGGUUUAUAGGUUCUAUACAGGUGAUUCUUAUGCUGGAGAAUGGUGUAAUGGGCAGAGUCAUGGGAUUGGAGUUCAAACUUGCUCUGAUGCUAGCUGCUAUGUUGGUCAGUUCAAGUGUGGGGUCAAGCAUGCCCUUGGUUGCUACCACUUCAGGAAUGGAGAUAGAUAUGCUGGAGAAUAUUUUGGAGACAAGAUCCAUGGAUUUGGUGUCUAUCACUUUGCUAAUGGUCAUUGUUAUGAGGGGUCAUGGCAUGAAGGUCGAAAGCAAGGCUACGGUAUGUAUACCUUCCGAAAUGGAGAACGAAGAUGUGGUGAAUGGGAUGGUGGUACCCUUAAGCAUCCACUGCCCCCACUAACCGAUACAGUCCUUCGAGCAGUCCAGGCUGCGAGAAAAACUGCAGAGAAUGCUAUUAACCUUCCCCGAGUAGAUGAACCAGUAAACAAGGCAGUCAUGGCUGCAAAUAGGGCCGCCACUGCUGCUAGAGUUGCUGCUGUGAAAGCUGUUCAGAACCGGAUGGACGGGAAAUUUUGCGAUACAAAUGUUUAAGAGACUGGCUUUGUUUGGAACUUGAAAUUGUAAAUUUCUCUAAUUUUUAGUAUUUUAAUGAUGUCACCCCGAUGAGCAAAAAGCUCAUAGGAGGUUGAGAGAGAGAGAGAGAGAGAGAGUCUGUUUGAGGUUUUGUCAAACACAAUGUAACUUGUAUAUACAUCAUGUACAUGAGCAUCAAUGGAAGAUGAAUUUUGAAGAUCAA